UUUCUGUUCACGAUAUGUUACUUCAUUAUAUUUCACGAACACACAAACACUAUCUUUCAUUGCACAUUGUACGGAUAAACUUGCGAAUCAUUCAAACAACAGAAUAAGCUAUUACUGUGCUCUACUGUAAAAGAGUCUAUUAUCAAAGUAUUACGAUGAAAAGCAGCGAUAAAGAGGGUUGCAUUGUGCAAAUAAUUGCGCUCUAUGCCAUGAUAACAUAAUUAUAGCUGUGCACAAGGAAUUGCUAAUAUUGUUCCCAUGCGUCGCUUAGCGAGAAUUUACAAGCUACUUUCGCGUUUGAUAUUUCGCGUUCUUAGUAUUUCUGAAAAUGGCUGAGGGAAAGGAUAUUUUGCAAAGUCGAUAUUAUACGAUUCCUAGAUUCUAUAUGACUUUAGCAGGAUUAUGGCCGUAUCAUUCGAUUCGCGAUAGAUAUUUACAUUUUGUGCCGACAUUUACAGUCUGUUUUAUUAUUUUUAUACCCCAGGUAUUAUAUGUGCACAUCGCUUUGACGGAUCUCGAUGAUCUCUUUGAAUGUAUUCCAACCAUGUUGAUCACAAUCAUAUUUAGUUUUAAAUUAGCGAGCUUGAUGGCAAAUAGUAAGAAAAUAAAAACCUGUCUUAAAACGGUACAGGAUGAUUGGUUGUCAUUAAGUACGGAUAACGAAAAGGCUAUUCUGCAACGACAGGCUGCAUAUGGCCGAUAUCUGACAAUAUUUUACGCAGGUUUAAUGCUGCUGACAGGAUUCCUCUACAUAAUUAAGUCGGUCGUGUUGAUACUGAUAGAGGAUUCCUCAAACUCUACCAAACUGGCCGUAACGAAAUUACCAUUUCGCGUGGAAUACGGUCAAAAAAUAGAUCAAUAUUUCUAUCUCAUACUGGUCCAUAAUUAUCUGACCGUGUGCUCUCACGUGACCGCCACAGUCGCGACUGAUACCUUGUAUUUUACCUUAAUUCAGCAUGCUUGCGGAAUGUUUUCGGUUGUCGGACAUUCGUUGGAACGUAUCGGAAAAGAUAGCGACGAUAAUUUCGAUCUAAAGCCCGACAAGAUCAGGGAUGUUAAUUAUAACAAGGUUCUAGAGUGUCUACGCAAGCAUCUACACGUGAUAGAAUUCGCGGAAAUGAUCGAGUCCACAUUCGCAAAUAUAUUUCUAGUCAGCAUUAGUUUAAAUAUGGUCGGUGGCAGCAUAUGCGGUAUACAGGUGUUGAUGAAUUUAAAUAAUGAUGCGAAAGAUAUAAUAGCACCUCUCGCUAUCUACAUUGCUCAACUCACUCAUCUAUUCUUACAAUUUUGGCAGGCUCAAUUUUUACUUGAUUACAGCGUUCUUCCAUACGAGUCAAUUUGCAAGGCAAAUUGGUAUUACACUUCGAUGAGAUGUAGAAAAUUGCUACUUUUGAUUAUGAACAGAACGGUACUACCGUGUAGAAUAACUGCUGGCAAAGUUGUGACUUUAUCUAUUGAAAGUUUUGGCGUAGUUCUGAAAACUUCGAUGUCUUAUUUCACGAUGCUGCGUUCCUUUCAUUAACAAUUUUAAUGCGAGGAAUCUGAUAAGAAAAUUUUGAAAAUCAUAUUUACAAUGUAUUAUAAUGAUUUCACGCAGCGGUAGAUGUAGAGUGUUUAAUUGUUAAAAGUGUACCGAAAAAAUAUAUAAAACAUUUUAGACCAAUUUACAAAUUUACCUUUUAUCGUCAUCGUUAUAUUUGUCUUCAGUGACGGGAUAUAGAAAGUAUGUCUGAAAAUUACUCAUCUAAAAACCAGUUAGUCUUUCAUCACAGACAUAUUCACAGAAACACCAUCAAAUGUUAAAGAAGCAACAUGAAGUUCAUAUGCAUGCAGCAACUCUAAACUUUUUAAAAUAAACAACUUUUUUGAUCAGUUAUAAAUCUAUAAAAAAAUAAGCAAAACGAAUUUUUCAUGACCCAUUUAUGCACACAACAGUAAAAAUUAAAACUUGUUUAGCUAAUUUGUUAGAGUCAUCAAUAUUCUAAGGGAUCGCGGCUUCGCCCAACUAGGCGUAUAAUCAUUGUCGGAAGUUAAUCUUUUUUCUUAUGACAGCACUUUUUCAUAAGAACAAUUACCAUUUAAAAGUUUAAUUUGUGCAAUUCGUUCGCGAACAGUAUAUCGACAAAUGAUUAGUUACUUUUAACAAAGCCGCGAGCAAAGACUGAAUGAAAGACGGGAAGAGUGACACAUGAGACAGGGUAGUUUUGCGGGGAAAAUAAUUGCGUAUUAAUUUCGUAAUGGCGUAACUGUGUAUGUCACAAGGGGACAUGCAUAAUGCCGCGAUACACAGAGAAUUAAUAAUCAUACCUCGCCAAGUGGCGUUCACAAGGAAUCGUUGAUAGUUCGUAGUCUUAGUUAUUCUCGAAGAUGACCGAGCGAAGAGACAUUUGGCAAAGUCGUUGUUACACGAUUCCCAGAGUAUAUAUGAGCUUGAUAGGAAUAUGGCCGUAUCAUACUUUUCGCGACAGAUGCUUGCUUUUCGUACCGAUGUUUGCGUUCUCCCUCACCAUCCUUAUACCUCAGGUACCUGCAAAUUAUCGAUUUGGAAAUUUAGAAGAUUAAUUACACAUUAUCUUUUCUUGUCAUAAUUUUACAUAA